CGCGAGAGGAAGGAGCCCCCGAGCGCGGAAGAGGCUCUCCGCGAGGUCCUGGACCAAGUGGGGGGAGUGUCGAGGUGACGUCCCGAGGGAACGAGCGAGGUGAAUCUUUCAACGAGGAGGUCCUGGAGGAGGGUCCUAGGGUCCUGGGGAUUUCGUUCCCGGGGUUUCCAGGCCCUUGGUAAGGACCCAGGACGCGGUCGGCGGCGAUUAGACGCGCGGAGAGGUGGAAGAGUCCCAGGGAGGCAGUCGCACCGGGACCACCUCAAGGCCAAGGUCGCCGGGGGUGGGGACGGCCUUGAACUUGGGCCCGAAGGCCGCCGACCGCCGCGAACUCGCGAACCUCUUGGAGCUGACCAGCUUUUAGCCAUCCGACAUGUGGACCAGGACGCUCCUCCUGCUGAUCUCGGCUCUCAGCUCGACCCGAGGCCAGCCGGACUUCUUCGGGGAGAAAAAGGAAAUGGUAUACGACCUCCUGCAAGCCGCCAUGUCGUCGGCCGACGACCGUCACCAGUACGUCGACGAAGGCCUCGACGGAUUUCCGGCUUUCGGCUUCCGGCCAGGCUCGGAAGUUAAGCAACCCUAUCGUCUCUAUCUACCGGAGAAGCUGCCCGGGGAAUUCACCCUGGUGGCCACCUUCAAGCCCACCUCCUUCAGGACGAGCUACCUCUUCGCGGUGCUCAAUCCUUUCGAGACGGUGGUCCAGCUGGGAGUUCGGAUCUCGGAUGGACCAUCCUCCAACCAAAACGUUUCUCUGGUAUACACGGACUCGGACGAGCACACUCACUCGGAGGAGGUGGCGAAGUUCACGGUGCCCAGGUUGACGAAAAAGUGGUCGAAGAUCGUCCUGAGGGUCUCGGUGAGCGAGGUGGUGCUCUACUUGAACUGCCACGAGAUGGCCCGACAAAGUGUCACCAGGAUCCCCCAGGAGUUGGUCUUCGACACGGCGAGCACCCUCUACAUAGCCCAGGCAGGACCACACAUCCAGGGCAAGUACGACGGCCUGCUCCAGACUCUAAAGCUCUUCUCAGGACAUCCGCAGGACCUGGUGAGAUGCAGCCCCGACUUCGACUUCUUUCCAGGGGAGGACGGCUCGGGCGAUUACGGGCCGAUCGACGUAGACCUGACAAAGACAGACAUCGGUCGGGAGGACGACGACGAGGGAAACGAGGACGUUAAGCCGCCGCCAUUCAUCACCCCGCCACCCCCGAAUCCGGACGCCAAGGGCCCCCGGGGCGACAAGGGGGAGAAGGGCGACAAGGGGGAGAGCGUCAGGGGGCCCCCAGGACCCCCGGGCCCCCCGGGGCCGUGGUACGACGCGGCCGACGAGGACUGGCCCUUGAAGGCGCCGAGGGGUCCACCGGGGCCCAAGGGGGACCCUGGCAGCUGCACCUGCGACGCGACGACUCUGCUCUCGUCCUUCACCAUGCCGAAGAUGAUCCAGGGCCCGAAAGGGGAGCCGGGGGUCCCAGGAAGCGAGGGGAAGAUGGGCCAGAUGGGACUUCCGGGGGCAGGGGGUGCUCCAGGAGAGCGGGGCCAGGGAGGUCCGCCGGGCCCCAAGGGCGACAGGGGGGAGUCGGGCCAGCAGGGGCCCGAGGGCCCCCAGGGGCAGAAAGGGGAGCCAGGUCGGGACGGCAUCCCAGGGGAGAGGGGGAGCCAGGGUCCCCCGGGACCCCCCGGCAAGGGCGAGUUCUCUGGAUACGACACGGACGGGAUCACGAUGAGGCCAGGACUCCCAGGGCAGAAGGGGGACGCCGGGACCCCAGGGAACGCGGGGUCAAAGGGCGAGCCCGGGAUCCCAGGGUCCAAGGGGACCAAGGGGGAAAUCGGCCACCAUGGUCCCAAGGGAAGCCAAGGUCGAGACGGGUCCAAGGGGAACCAGGGACUAAAAGGCGAACCUGGACAGCCAGGAUCCCCCGGGAUUCCUGGAGCACCCGGCGAGAACGGCAGGCCGGCGGAGAAGGGCGAGAAGGGGGACACGGGUCCCGAGGGAAAGACAGGACCUCCGGGACCCCCAGGUCCUCCGGGCUCCGCCGGCGUCUUGGGCAGCCUCAACGUCGGGGACACUGUGAUUGGACAGAAAGGGGACAAGGGCGAUCUUGGAGAACGGGGAUACAAGGGUGAUUUGGGACCCAAGGGGGAAAAGGGCGAUAAAGGCGACAGGGGGGCACCUGGGAUCCCUGGAGUUAAUGGAGUCCAGGGUCCCCAGGGCAAUAAGGGCGAGGCUGGGGAAAACGGGAUUCCUGGAGUCCCCGGGAUUCCUGGGACCAAGGGCGAGAGGGGCCCUCCUGGUAUGUUCUCCAUUCCUAACAACGGCACCGAUUACGUCCUUAUCAAGGGAGAUAAGGGCGUCGAGGGGAAGCGGGGACGAAGAGGUCGACCUGGACCCCCGGGUCCCGAGGGGCCGCCCGGGAAACCUGGAACCGCCGGCGAGAUCGGACUCCCUGGCUGGAUGGGACGUCCAGGAAUCCCGGGGAUUCCCGGCACUCCAGGAUCAAAGGGUCCAAAAGGGGACAAGGGCGAGCCAGGAGCACCGAGUCCUUACGGGAUAUCCGUCGGCGUGAAAGGGGACAAAGGAGACGACGGACCAGGAGGACAACCGGGCAGGGACGGGCAGCGAGGUCCUCCAGGACCCCCUGGCCCCCCUGGACCACCUUCCCAGGGGAGCUAUAUCCCCGUUCCAGGACCGCCUGGACCUCCAGGACCUCCAGGCGUAGCCGGGGACUCCUUGAUCGGGCAAAAGGGAGAGCCAGGACUAGGACGUAGCCACGUAUACGGGGAAAGAGAGUACUACGGAGUGAGACAAGGUGCCGGCACAAUGGCGACCAGAGGACCUCUCGAGAGCACGACGAAAAUCGUACCCGGCGCCGUGACGUUCCAAAACACGGAAGCGAUGAUCAAGAUGUCGGGCGUGAGCCCAGUGGGCACUCUCGCGUACAUAAUCGACGAAGAGGCCCUGCUCGUCAGGGUGAACAACGGCUGGCAGUAUAUCGCGAUGGGCUCCGUCCUGCCGAUCACGACGCCGGCGCCGCCGACGACGGCUCCCCCGCCAGCGAAUCCGCCCUUCGAGGCAUCGAACCUCAUCAAUCAAAUCCCGAUCAAGGCCGACGGCACCGGGCUGCGAAUGGCCGCGUUAAACGAGCCAUUUACCGGGGAUAUGCACGGCGUUAGGGGUGCAGAUUACGCCUGUUAUCGACAGGCGAAACGAGCAGGUCUCAGGGGGACAUUCCGCGCUUUCCUGAGCUCCAGGGUGCAAAACGUCGACAGCAUCGUCAGGCUAGGUGACCGGGACCUACCGAUCGUCAACAUAAAGGGCGACGUUCUCUUCAACUCCUGGAAGGAGAUGUUCAACGGGAACGGCGCCUACUUCUCCCAGAAUCCUAGGAUCUACAGCUUCAACGGGAAGAACAUCCUGACCGACUUUGCCUGGCCAGAGAAGGUGGCUUGGCAUGGUUCCCAUAAACUGGGAGAUAGAGCUAUGGACACAUAUUGCGAUGCCUGGCACUCGAGCAGUUCCGAUCGCUACGGAUUGGGAUCGCCUCUGACAGGAGGUCGACUCCUAGAGCAGGUCCGGUACUCGUGCGACAACAAGUUCGCCCUACUCUGCAUAGAAGUGACCAGCGAGAUCGCGAGGAGACGACGAGACCUCAGGACCCCCGGGGAAGAGGAGCCGGAGUUCUCGGAGGACGACUACGAGGAGCACCUCGUGAGCCUCAUGAGGAACUGAGGGGAGAAGAACC